AUGCUAAUAGUUUCUAGGCGUAAAGUUCUAGAGGGUGCAAAUUUGGAUGAGAAGAUCAGUGAGCUAUUACAAUAUUACAGUCCGGUGAAUCUAACCCCAAGUUCCCAGGUCAAUAAAAUAAAGGCAAUAAAACGAAGCAGAUGGAUUCUGUCUCGCACCAGCAGGGUCGGCUUGCAGAAUGCCAAUUUUCACGAGCUAGUCCGCUGCUCUCUUACUCUAGUGUACUACUUCGGGAUGAGAUUGAAAAUAGGAAGGCCGGGCUACCACUAUUGGAACUGGCGUGGUCGAUGCCAUUUCAAACGGGCGGAAGAGAUCUUCCACCAGGCCAUGGAGAAUCUGUUACCCGAGCGGAUCGAAGAGACAAUUAGGGUUACGCUCGGCUUCAUAUCUGAGGCCUCUCUUUGGCCUUACGAAAGUUUUGUCCAGCAGAUAUUCGAGAUCCUCCUGUACUACGGCCAAGGAAAAUCGGCCGUCUUCCAUCUAAUGCUGUCAGAUAUCCACUGCGUUCUAUUCACCGACGUGGUCUCCGCGAGGCAUCGUACCAGAGUGUUGUAUGAAUUGCUAAGGAGCGAAAAUUGGAUAAUGGACAAAAAUGAACUGCUGUCUCUCAUCAUACGCUUUUUGAAUUUCUUCGCGUACAGCAUAUCGAAAGGAGAAAGUGAAUUCUCCUUGUACAAGCACUUGAGGAAGGGAUUCGAGGUGUGUUUGCGGCGUAUUUUCGAGAGGGCUGAAAACCAUCACAAGCUGACUAUCAUCGCGACGAUGAUGAACUGGUUCUACGUCGUGAACUUGACCGACGAUGAUAUGUUUGAGUUCUCUUCUCUAUUGGAUUAUGCUGCGCGUAUGUACCAAGUGAAAGUGUAUAGUGAGAGCUUCUGUGAGGGACUAUUCGAUCAUGUGUUAAAGAAUUUGGUCGGAUCACCGAACGCCUUGUAUAGUUUAGUGGGCAGCCGCCUUCUUGUCAGAUUCCUCGACCGGCAAACAAACGCUCAAUAUCUAGCUGUUCCAGCGAUAUACUAUGACUUUUCUCAGGUCGAGCUGAAGGUCGGCGUGUACGACAGCGGCGACAAGGCUUUCAUACGUGAAUAUCGCGAAAAGUUCCACAGUUACUUCCUCGAGGCGGUUAAGCGUCACUGCUACAGCGCUGUGAAUCUGAAGGCCGUCUUUGCCGCCAUCGGCUGCAUCGUGCUCGAGGUCCCGUGCGGCCUCACUGCCGCCGUCGCCGCCUGCAUGGCGAUGGUCGUCCAGGACUACGCCAUCAACGCGGAGCACGUGCCGGCCAGGUGCAGAUACUGGAUGCACGCGAUAGUCGUGUCGGUGAUGUCGCUGGUGUGCUGGGUGCACCGCGCCCCCGACCUCUAUAGAUACGUGAACCGCAUCGUGUCGACACGGGCGAAGGAGGCGCCCCAGCUCAACCCGCCUCUGACGAAGAUCUACAGCGUCGAGAAGCGGAUUGUGUGGAACAAGCCGACGCUGUUCUUCGAGGAUUGGGAGCUGCGAUACGGGCUCUGGAAACACUUUCAAGGGACACCGUUGUUUGUAUGUGUCGCUGUCUUCUUGGGAUUAUUGGUCGCGAACGUUGAGGGACGCACCAAGAAGGUCGUUAUACACGUUCCGUACAAAGUGAAGAAACUGAAGCACACGCACACCAUAUACAAGACGGUGCACCACCAUCACACUCACCACGACCACGUCGACCACGACCCGACGGCGGAGGAGCACGAGCACUUCCACCACUUCCACGUCCACGACGACUCGCCGAUAGGCCAGCAUAGCCAGCCGGUAGGGGGCAUCGGUAUACCGGAUUUCCUGCCGGACACACCGUUGGAGGUCGACGACCUGCCCAAACUACGCCACAACGAACUCUCCAGAAACCCGCCCCGGCUAGUAAUACCGCCUUACAAACGCCAUUACAACGUCGGUCCAAAG